AUUGCGCCUGCCGAGCGCCGCCACCGCCGCCGUCCCGACGCGCGACCGCGCACGUCCGUCGCGCAACUAACAACCAUGGGCGUCAAGAUCGUGGAGGCGUCGUCGGUGAACGCCGGCGACAGCGAGACGCUCGACACGAAGGUCAUGGAAUUCGCCGAGCAGUGCCUCGCCAAGGUCAAGGCCGAGGGCGCGCCGGCGGUCUACGCCUACGCGGGCCAGUUCGGCGAGCUGACGGAGGGCCAGUCGGCCGUCGUCGACAAGGCCGCCAUGAAGGCGGCCUACGACGGUCUGGACGCCGACGACCGCGCGUGCCUCGAGGCGUGCGGCGCGCGCAUCAAGGCCUUCGCGCUCGCGCAAAAAGCCUCCUUCGUCGACAUGGAGACGCCCAUCCCCGGCGGCGUCGCGGGCCACACCGUGAGCCCCGUGGAGGUCGCGGGCUGCUACGCGCCCGGGGGCCGCUACCCGCUGCCGAGCUCCGUGCUCAUGACGGCCGUCACCGCGCGCGCCGCGGGCGUCAAGACGGUCGUCGUCGCGACGCCCAAGCCCCUGCCCGUGACGCUCGCCGCGGCCCACGUCGCCGGCGCGGACGUGCUCGUCGCCGUCGGCGGCGCCCACGCCAUCGCGGCCAUGGCGACGGGCGCGCUCGCCGAAGAAGGCGUGCCGCGCGCGGACGUGCUCUGCGGCCCCGGCAACGCGUGGGUCACGGCGGCCAAGGCCUGCGCGGCGACGUCGGCGCGCGUCGGCAUCGACAUGAUCGCCGGGCCGUCGGAGGUGCUCGUCAUCUGCGACGAGACCGCGGACGCCGCGACCGUCGCCGCGGACAUGCUCGCGCAGGCGGAGCACGACGUCGUCGCGCGGCCCAUCGUCGUCGCCUUCUCGUCCGACGGGUCGGGCAAGGCCGGCGCGCUGAAGAUGGUCGCCAAGAUCAACGCGGCCCUCGACGCGCAGCUCGAGAACCUCCCGACGAAGGCCGUCGCCGCGCCCGCGUGCGCUAGGGGCUUCGCGGUGGCGUGCGAGUCGGUCGACGAGGCGCUCCGCGUGUCCGACGCCGUCGCGCCGGAGCACCUCGAGGUCAUCUGCGAAAACGAGCGGGCCGUCGCGGACCGGUGCAACCACUACGGCGGCCUCUUCGUCGGGAGCCGGUCCGCGGAGGUCAUGGGCGACUACGGCAUCGGCCCGAACCACACGCUCCCGACGUCCGGCACGGCCCGCUACACGGGCGGCCUCUGCGUCAUGGACUUCCUCCGCAUCCGCACCUGGAUGCGCAUCGACGACGGGCCCGCGUCCCAGUGCGCCGUCCGCGACGCCGUCCGCCUCGCGCGCAUCGAGGGCCUCGAGGGCCACGCGCGCGCCGCCGAGGCGCGGCUGUUGCCGCCGCCGGCGAAGAAGCAGAAGGUCUGACGCGCGCGCGCCGUCCGCCCCCCUCCCGCGCCGCGAAGAUCCUAAGCCAGCCCCCCCGCG